AAAUAAUGAUUUAAUUUCAUAAAGCCAUGGGUUUUCUUCUGCAUGCGUAAGAGUAAAUAAAAACAGCAUUUAAAUUGUGCAAUCAAUGUAUCGUCACACGUUAUUGGAACAAUGGAAGCUGUAGCGAGGGAUGUUAGACUGAAUGCCUUCACUUCUUCACCGGGGGACAUCCCAAUCGAUCAAAGAACAACCGACCAUGAAAUGCAUGGCGCAGCGGUCAUUCCCAAACAGGCCAGUGAGCAAAGGUCGUCCUACUAUACUCUCGCAUGUGACCAGAGUCUGAUGAGUCAGGAUGUCGACCGGUGGAUGGGAGCCAGCAUUACUACGGAGACCACGGGCGUGCAAGGAAGCAGACCAACGGUGGUGCAGCGGUCUACUCUGGCAACUGACGUGGAGACGACGUCAUUCCCCGGCAGCAGCAUAUGGUACAUGCUGGCUCUGACAGUUAUGCCCAUCGUCAACAUCGCGCACGCAGACCAUUGGAGAUGUUCGCCGAAUGCUAUACUGAACGUUAUGGAGUUGAUGUUGGCUCACAUGAACACAGCCUGCAACCGGGUGCAGUGUCAUAUCAGACGUCUUGCUCAAAACCGGAUCACAAGAGAAAUAUUCGCAUCUGCCAUGGACGUGAUCCUUGUUGUUUACGCAAUAGGGUUUCUUAUCAUUUCUGUUUAUCAAGCUGCCAUGUUUGCUUGAA